CCACCCAGCUUCAUCCUACGGCGAACAGCUCCCCACUCCUUCUGAUAGCGAGCAUGUCGAGACAAUCUUUUCCCUUUCCUCCCAAUUCUACCCCUACCUUCACCAAUCCCCUCCUCCGAGAACGAGGAUGUUUUCGUCACUCGCCCGUUAAAAUCCUCCGUCCGUUCCCGGACCAACGGCGGUGUGUCGUCUUUUUCUCUCCCGAAAAUUACAAUUAUUCCCCUCCCACCGCGUUCUUCCGUCAAACCCCAGCCCCAAACCAACGGCGGUGAUGGCCCCCGAUCCGGUGGACCCCUACCCCUUCGCUGACGCCAGCAAACACCCCCGCGCGAACGUCGGCGCACGCGCUUCCCCGGCGACCCGCACAUGCUCCUCACGCACCCCCUCUCCAGCCGGCGCCUCGCCGCUCCCCCCCCCACCACCCUACCAUCUUUUACUUCCCCCGUCCUUUCCCCACCGUCAAACCGAGACGAAGCGAGAGAGCGAGAAAGAGGGAGCCGAUUUGGACCUCAGAUCUAGAGAUUUCUUCUCUGUCCGGUGAGACUUGACGGCCGAUGGACGGGAGGGAGACGGCUCCGUCACGGCCGCCGAACCCGGCGCUUCCCUACCGCGAGGACUGCUGGAGCGAGGGUGAGACCUCGGCGCUGGUUGAGGCCUGGGGCGACCGCUACCUCGAGCUCAACCGGGGUAACCUUCGUCAGAAGCAUUGGCAGGAGGUAGCUGAUGCCGUCAACUCCCGCCGCGGCGCGUCCGCCAGCCGCCGGCCCCCCCGCACCGACGUUCAGUGCAAGAACCGGAUCGAUACCCUAAAGAAGAAGUAUAAGAUCGAGAAGGCCCGAAUCACCACCUCCGAUGGCCCGGCGGCGAGCCAGUGGGCCUUCUACGACCGUCUCGACGCCCUCAUCGGAUCCUCCGCCCCGGCCAAGAAGCCCUCGCCGCCGCUUGCUCUCCCACUUUCCUACCACCGCAAGGGCUCUCCCCUGCCGGCCGCUACGGCGGCGGCGGCGGCGGCUGCUGCGGCCGCCGCAGCCCGCCCCUCGGAGAAGCGCCCGGUGGCUGCGAUCGCUGUCGAUAACUCGUCGUUCUUCCGGAGGGCGGCCGCCGCUGCAGCGGCGGAGGCUGUGGAGGAUGACGAGGAGGACGACCCGGGAUCGUCGGCGAGGUCGUCAUCGAGGUCCGGAAGGGGGUCGAGGGGAGCGAAGGAAGGGGAGGGGGAUGGGAUCCGGCAGCUGGCGAGGGCGAUCAUGAGGUUUGCUGAGAUCUACGAGAGGGUGGAGGGGGCGAAGCAGCGGCAGAUGAUGGAGCUGGAGAAGCAACGGAUGGAGUUUGCCCGGGGGCUGGAGAUCCAGCGGAUGCAGAUCUUUGUCGAUUCCCAGGUUCAGCUCGAGAAGAUCAAGCGUGCCAAGCGAGCGGAUGUUGUUGAUGAGCUUCUAUUUAUCGAUUGGAGGAGGCGCUGGUUUAGUCGAAAGCUACUUUGUUGAGGCGAAGAUUACUUGUAGUAUCAUCAGUGGAAGGAGUUGCACCAUUGCAUGGUGGCCGUCCCUGGAAGGAUGUUUAGGUUUGUGGUACUACGUUGCCAUCUACGGCCUGCACCGUGGUUGAUGGGUUGGCGCAUCAUUCCCAGUUAUUCCAGAAAGGUUUUUGUCAGCUACGGCAGCUCCUUAAAUUAUAAGAAACCAGAAGAGAAAAAACUACGUAAAUUGUAUAGCAUCACUGAUUACAAACAUCUGGUUUUUCUAUUUGUCGGUUUUAGAUCAAUGUGACUAUCAACAUAUUAGGUUAUCUAGACCAGGUCAAGUUAUUAAUCAUUUCAUCCUUUGGUAAGCUAUUGACUAUUUCAUUCUUUGCUAA